GGGCAAGGUACGGAUUGGAUAGCGGGAGUCUAGAGCACUCUUCACCAAAGGCUGGGAGAGGAGAUUCUCUUGGGCAGAGUCUGUUCGACUGGCUUUUUGACGUGGUCUUGAACAAUCGGCUUUGUGAUUAAGGUGAGAAGCUUUCAGGAUGGCUUUCGGAUGUUUAAAGACACUGAAGUAUAUGCUGUUUGCAUUCAACCUGCUAUUUUGGAUCUGUGGAUGUGUCAUCAUGGGAUUGGGAAUCUACAUGCUGAACAUGCAGAUGGUCAGUUUGCUAUUCUCCAGUGUGCCGUCGCUCUCUGUGGCAAACAUUCUCAUCAUUGUGGGCUGUAUCACAAUGGUGGUGGCAUUCCUGGGCUGCACGGGCUCCAUCAAGGAAAACAAAUGCCUCCUCCUGUCGUUCUUCAUCAUACUGCUCCUGAUCCUUCUGUUUGAAGUCAUGGCUGCCAUCAUCCUCUUUGUCUAUGAGGCACAGAUCGACAGACACAUCGAAGAAGACAUGAAGAAGGCACUGGAUAAACUUCAAACAAGUAACAACACAGAACUGUGGGAUAAAAUCCAAGGAAAUUUGAAGUGCUGUGGCGUUGUGAACUCUUCAGACUGGGGCAAUAACAUCCCCAAAUCCUGUUGUGCAAACCAAUCCUGCAACUCCGAGAACUAUUUUUCCAAGGGUUGUUACGACCUGGUCCGGGAAUGGUUUGAGUCAAACUUCCUAGUUGUUGGAAUUGCUGUCAUCUGUGCGUCAAUAAUCCAGGUUCUUGGCAUGUCCUUUGCCAUGACGCUCUACUGCCACAUCUGCAACAACUACAAGUCAUACGGCGAUUGAGCCUGAUGCCGCCAACGCCCCCCACCCCACUGCGAGGAAGCCUCCACCCUCACCCUCUGCGGGCUUGUAAAUAUAUCUACCAUUGUGGGUUCUGCUCUUCUGAUGAUUUGGACUUUGUCUGUUUACUGUGCUCGCACUGACGGGAUGGUUCAUGCGGCCCACCUACACAAGGCGUGCAAUGGUCCCACCAGUCUGGUGCAUCUCCAACAUCUCACACUCUCUCGCAGCACCUCCUCAUGGAUCCAUUCUCUGGUCAAACAAACUGCCUUGCCGCAUCAUUUUUUUAAAAAUCUGAGAUACUUCCAGAAGCUUUGCAGUUCUACAGCACAACUUGGAUAAGCAACGGGCAGCCCCUUCUGAACUUCUCACAGAAGAGCUAAUGCUGCAUGGAGUGACAGCCACAAAACACUAGGGGAAGUCGGAAGUUGGGAGAGGAAUAAACAGUUGAAGUUUCAGGCAGAGAGCUUUCAUCAGGACCUACGGACUUCCUCCAGCAUGCUGUGUGUGUUGCUCUGGAUUUCCAACAUCUGCGGAAUCUAAUGUGUUUAUGAUUAUGUGGAAUGCAUGGCACAGGAAAAGGACCUACUAGAAUGUUCCGUCCACAACUGUCCUUAUUUCCUUUGUCUCCCUAAAAUGUCCUCCUAUUCCUCUCUCCCUUCUAUUUCUCAAACAUCCUCUUAAACCCAUCUGUUCACCAGGGGUGAUAAGUUCCACAUUCUGCGUGGUCCUUGAAUCAGAAUCAGGCUUUGCAUCACUGGCAUAUGUUGUGAAAUUUGUUGUUAUGUGGCAGCAGUGCAUUGCAAUGCAUUAUAAUAAAGACUAGAAAUUACAAUAAGUACAUAUUUUUAAAAGUUACAUUACGUUAAAUAAGUAGUGCAAAAAGAGAGGGAAGAAUUACUGAGGUAGUGUUCAUGGGUCCAUUGUCCAUUCAGAAAUCUGAUGGCGGAGGUGAAGUAGAUGUUCCUGAAUCUUUGGGUGUGUGUCUUCAGGUCUCCUUGAUGGUAGACAUGAGAAGUGGGUAUGUCCUGGGUGAUAGGAGUCCUUAAUAAUGGAUGCCGCCUUUUUGAAGCAUCACCUUUUGAAGACGUUCUUGAUGCUGGGGAGGGUGAUGCCCAUGAUAGAACUGGCUGAGUUUACAACUUUCUGCAGCUUUUCCCUUGAUCCCGUGCAGUGGCCCCUCCAUUGGGCAGGGAUGCAACCAGUUAAUCUGCUCUCCGUGGUACCUCUGUGUAAAUUUGUGAGCAUCUUUGGUAACAAACCAAAUCUCCUCAAACUCUUAGUGAAAUAUAGCUCCUUUUUUGUAAUUGCAUCAGGACAGAUCCUCAGGGAUGUUGACACCCAGGAAUUGAACCUGCUCACUAUUUCUACUUCUGAUAAUAAGCCCAUAAUUCAGUUCCUGUCUCCUUUAUGUUUCUGAACUUUCCCUUAAUCCCACCUCUUCUCCACUGCUGGUAAGUUCCAUGUUCUUCAUUGUGUGUUCCCUUUUAAUGUUCCCUGAAACUAAAUCGCCUCACAUUUGGAAUCUUCUUCCCUAAGCCUACUUGAUUAAAUCUUUCCACAAACUCAAAGCCCUCCUUUAGUUCAGAUCCCAGACUUCCAUUUAUGAGACAAAAUCAGCCUUUAAUCAGUCUCUCAGGAAGGUUAUAACCAAUCAUUCAUCCUCAUUAGGGGCAGCAUGAUAGGUAGAGUAGCGCUAUUACAGGGCCAGUGACCCAGGUUCAAUUCCUGCCUCUGUCUUUACUGUCUGUAAAGGGUUUGUAUGUUCUCCCUGUGACCAUGUGGGUUUCCUCCCCAUUCCAAAGAUGUGCAGGUUAGUGGGUUAGUUGGUCACAUGGCAGUGGGGGCUCGUUGGGCCAGGAAGGACCUGUUACUGUGCUGUAUCUCUAAAUUAAAUCUAUAAACUUAAAUUGAGGUCCACUUCUCACCCUCUCUGGGACAUUUCUUAUUUAUAAAAUGGAGUCCAGAACUGUUCCCAAAGUUCCAAGUGUGGUCUAUUUGAAAAUUUGUAACUUGUAAUAUAUUAUUUCUGCUCUUCAUGUGGAUCAGUCUAGAAAUAAACAAUAUUAACUUGCUUCAUUUAAUAACUCGUA